AUGGGGAAGUUGUGGCUUUGGCUCCUUGCUCUCACAGGACUCUUUGGCCCUUCUGCCGCACAAGAAAAAGUGACUGCCACAAUCCAGGCUCACCCACCAGCGCCUACCGAGUACCAUCAGCUGAUGUUGUCCUGUGAGGUCUCUGGGGACCCUGGUCCCCUGCAGUUCCUGUGGGAGAAGCAAGGAAGCCAGGUGCCCCUGCAGAAAGGCCCAGACAACAUCCUCCUCAUCCCUUCCUUCAACAAGACCCACUGCGGCACCUACAUUUGCACUGCCACUGGCUCCGAAGGCAGCGUCGUGGCCACCUACAACCUGUGGAUGAACGAUCUCGUCAACAAAGUGUUUGUGUUUCCUCAAGAGACCAAGGGCUCCUAUGUGCUGGUUAAGGCAAGACCGGACCAACCGCUGCAGAACUUCACCGUGUGCCUGAGGUCCUACACAGACCUCACUCGGCCCUACAGCCUCUUCUCCUAUGCCACCAAGGCCCAGGACAACGACAUUCUCCUCAUCAAAUCUAGGCCUGGGGAGUAUUGGCUGUACGUGGGGGGCAAGUUUGUGUCCUUCCACGUCCCCAUGGGGUCCCCAAUGGGAAGCGAGCACAUCUGCGCUAGUUGGGAGUCCACCACGGGCAUCGUGAGCUUUUGGUUCAAUGGGAAGCCCUGGCCCCGCAAGGGGAUGCAGAAAGGCUAUAUUGUGAGCCACGAAGCGGUGAUCGUGCUAGGGCAGGAUCAGGACUCCUACGGGGGUGGGUUUGAAACCGGGCAGUCCUUUGUAGGGGAGAUCUCAGACGUGUACAUGUGGGAUUUGGGACUCUCAGGCAGAGAGGUGAAAUCGGCCAUGUACAACUCGCCCAUUCAAGCCCCCAUCUUUGGCUGGAGAAACUUGCCCUACGAGAUCAAGGGAGAGGUGUAUCUGAAGCCCUGACACAGCCCGGAGCCGUACAGAGGGCACAGGGCUGUUUGUCACUUCUACGCUCUUGCUGAUAGGGUUUGGCAACCUUUAGGGAAGCUGUGAUUGCCAUGCAACCAUGCUGAUGUCCCCCCUUCCCCAUCCACAGUUCGUAAGCCCCCCUCAGCCACAUGGUGUGAAAUCAACAAAGAAAUGGGUUUGGAAAGCAUCAGUGGUCUUUGCUGGCCAAAAUUUAUCCUGUCGAAGCUCAGUGUGGCACCUGGAAAUCUGUGAGCAAGGAGAUCUUCUGCUUAACCAGAACAUCAGGGAGAAACCCAGGGUGUCACCUCUGCCCAGGGCUGGGUUACAGUGUCUGUAACUGGGACCCUCUGUCCCUGCACAGCACACACAAGAUUUGACCUGUGCAUGAGCAAAUAAAUCACGGGCACCUGGAUGGCGUAAGUCAAACCAAAUCAUUCCCGUGUUCAUGCUUGGAGCCACUCCAGCAGAGCCAAGGGCGCUCAGCCAGGGUAAAUCCCCACUGCUUCCUCCUAUUGCUCCUCUGUCCUUCCCAGAGUGAUCAGCACAGUGGGUGCCAGAGCUGCCAACCUCUCCACCACCCCAUGGCAAUCUUCAUACUCCAAGGUCAGCCCUUCUCAGGCUAACUACAGCACCUCUCCCGGCACAGCAGGCAGGAGAAACAGCUGAUCUGACAUUACCACCUGGGAGCAGAUGGUGGCAAACUGGGACACACACAAGGUUUCUGGGAGGCCAUGGCAAAAUCUGCCCAUCACAGGGUCAAGCAGGGCCAGAUUGGGGCUUCCCAAACCACUCAUCCCUACCAAAGAUGUCACACAUGCAGCACAACCUCUAUCAUGUUCCACCUUGUCCCCCACCCAACACCUGGCUACCAUUGAAGGAGCCCCCAUUGGCAUCCUCCUUACAUCCAGGGGCAAUCACCAGCUCCAUCUAACCCAUGGAGCCCCUGGCAGCUCCUUUCUUGGGCAUGGGCUCUCUCAUCCAGCAAGCCCCCUAACACACAGGUGGGUUCCCAAAUAACAGCUGCUGUCCACCCACACACACCUCAUACCCUGUGGGGCUCUGCCCCAAG